AACAAAGAUACGCAGAGAUAAAGAUGAAAUUCGCAAGAAAUGUGAAAAGACCAAGGAUUGCAAGCCUAAAUGUGAUGCGAAAGACAAGGAAUGCACCAUGUGUUGCACCGGGGAUCUGUGUAACAAAGAUCAUGGAUAUGCUGAGUUCAAAGCUUGGGGACAAUGGUCGUCAUGUAGCAAACAAUGUGGAGGAGGCAAGCGCAGCAGAAGCAGACAGUGUUCUUCUACAGGCAAUCUUCCAUGUUCUGGUGAUACCAAAGAGGAGCAAGAUUGCAACAAGCACUCAUGUCCUCCGAAAGGUAGUGUUGAAAAUGUGUGUACAGAGAUGUUACACGUGCUCACAUGGAAAGAAAAAUAGUGACUGUACAAAGAUAGAAACUUGCAAGAAGGAUGAGGAGACUUGUGAAACAAAGAUACGCAGAGAUAAAGGCGAAAUUCGCAAGAAAUGCGAAAAGACCAAGGAUUGCAAGCCUAAAUGUGAUGCAAAAGACAAGGAAUGCACCAUGUGUUGCACCGGGGAUCUGUGUAACAAAGACCACGGAUAUGCAGAGUUCAAGGCUUGGGGACAAUGGUCGUCAUGUAGCAAACAAUGUGGAGGAGGCAAGCGCAGCAGAAGCCGACAAUGUUCCUCUACAGGCAAUCUUCCAUGUUCUGGUGAUACAAAAGAGGAGCAAGAUUGCAACAAGCAUUCAUGUCAAACAAAUGUUUGCGUGAGCGAUUGUAAAGGAAAGAAGAAUGGAGACUACCAAUCCUGUAGCACGUGUAAUGGUUUCAUCAAAUGCUCCAACUCCAAAUUGCAUAAUUUCAAAUGCCCAGGAUCAACUGUCUGGGAUGACAAAUCUAAAAGAUGUGAAUGGACAUCAACUACCUGUAAUUCUAAACCAGCUUUACAGAGAUGUUACACGUGCUCACACGGAAAGAAAAAUAGUGACUGUACAAAGAUAGAAACUUGCAAGAAGGAUGAGGAGGUAAAACUAGCAAAUACUUUGAAAGUGGAGAGAUGUCCAUAG